AUGAAAUACUACAUGUUUUACGAAGGAUAUCUCCUGAAAGUUAGCCUUCCUCUCGCAGUGGUCUUUAUUGUGUUUGGUAUUUACACUGUUGUGGGAAAUGUGCUCGUCUGUUGCGUAUAUAUUAUUGACCCGUUCAAAAAUCUGCGGACCUUAUCGUUUUAUUACGUGGCAAAUUUAGCGUUUGCUGAUAUUUUAGUCGGUGUCGUUGUGGAACCUCUGAAUGUCUCUGUUUAUUGGACGGGGAGUGAGCCCGCCUUAUUUGCCUUCUAUAUCUUUGCAGUGCUGUCAUGUGUUAGCUCCAUUCUUAACAUCUCCGCUAUGAUGAUAGACCGUUACAUUGCUGUCAGCCAGGCGUUUCGCUAUCGUGUUUUGGUGACAGAGAAGCGAGUGCGUCUUUCCGUCGUCUUUUUGUGGCUUUAUUCGUUCCAUUUUUCGCUGUUAGCGCUGCUGGGCUGGCGUCAAGAAAGCUUUCAGAUUUAUUUGUACUGUUGUGGAGUUCUCCUGCCAUCUGCCAUAAUGCUCUCGUCCUAUUACGGUUUGAUUCGAAUUCUCAGGAAGAAAAAUGCCAAACUUCGAAGAUUUUCGUCUCGUUGUCAAAGAACUGCGCAGGCGAAAAAAAUGGUACAAAAGGAGCGCCGGGUUUCAACCACGGUCUUUGUUAUGUUGGUGGUUUUUCUCACUGCGUGGUUCCCAUUUGUAGUGAUAGAUUUCGUGCUUGUAUUUUGUGCGCAUUGUCGAUCACAAAAUCUUCUGUUAGCGAGGGACAUCACUUUAUCCCUGGGGUUUUUCUCCUCAGGAGUUAACCCCCUGCUGUAUGCUUGGAGAGUUCGCCAAUUUAAACAGGGACUGUUGAAGAUCAUGAAGUUCCGAAGAAGGGAUAGUAUCAACUUGAGGUCACAACGACGCCCGUCCAAGGUAGGGCCUUUUGUUUCAAACUUCUCACCGGCCGUGGUAGAGUUGAAUCCUUUAUCACCUCGCGACUUAGCGAAUGACGUUUCUUGAGAUCAAUGUCCGGCCGUUCAGUUUAUCAAAGAAACUGUGACAUUCACAAGGACAAGAAGUAUGUCAAAUUCGUAACAACAAUGAGCCAGAUGAAAUGCGUUGGUUAGAUGGCAUUAGAUGAAAGACGAAUUGACUAUGCUGCAAUAAGGAGAUCGAGGAUCGUCUCUUAAGAAGAUUAGUAAAAAAUAUUGUGUUUCCUAUAAGCUAGGCUCAUAUAGAGCUGCACAUUUUAAGUGUUAGACACCUGAGAAACCUAGGAAAGGUUUUAAGA